AUGGGAGGCGUUAAGCUCAUCUCCACAAGUACGGUGAGAGCUGCAGCGAGCCAUGAUAAGGAGCUCUCAACUCAAAAGAUCGAGUUAGCUCCAUGGGAUCUUUAGCUUCUUCUUGUGGAUUCAAUGCAGAAGGGUGUACUCUUUCAAAAACCUAAUGGCUUUACACAACACAACCUUCAGCAUCUCAAAACCUCCCUUUCACGCACCCUCGACUUCAUUCCCCCACUCUCCGGCCACCUUGCCACCAUAAACCGGCACCACGAUAACACGACCUCCUUCUUCAUUAACUGUAACGAUGUUGGGGCUCUUUUCGUGCAUUCCAGGGCUGAUGGCGUUACAGUCUCUGAUAUCAAUGACUUUGUCAAUUCAUUUUUCCCUCUAAAUGGUGUUAAAAACUACCAAGGCACUUCCGAGCCGUUGCUUGUAGUUUAAGUGACCGAGCUUGUGGAUGGUGUUUUCAUGGGUUGCAUCAUCAACCAUACGACCAUUGCUGAUGGCACUUCCUUUUGGCAUUUCUUCAAUUCUUGGUCUGAAAUCUCUCGCGGUCUUGAUCGUGUGUUAAAGCCUCCUGUUCUUCAGCAUUGGUUUCAUGAUGGAACCGAUUUUCCCAUCCGCAUUCCCUUCCCCAAUGACCAUAGUAAAGUGCUUUUCGACAAAAUCAUGGAUAUAGACUCACCUCCACUAAAAGAGAGGAUUUUUCACUUCUCAAAGGAAAGCAUCGCUCAAUUGAAUGCAAAAGCCAAGUCGAUCGAGAUUGAGAGCAAUAGACCAAUCUCCUCUCUACAAGCAAUUUUAGCUCAUCUUUGGCGCUCCAUAGGACGUUGCAGUGAUACACAUCACGAUAGAGAAUUGAGUUACCGCUUACUUACCGGAGCUAGAUCGAGAUUGAAUCCACCGUUGCCCCAAGAAUACUCUGGCGUUGCAGUUCAAGCUGGAACGGUGACCAUAAAAGCAGGUGAGCUACUCGAACGUGGAUUAGGUUUCAUGGCCAGGGAAAUGAACAAGGUAGUGGUUGCUUUGCACACUGAAGAGCGAGUUUUCCGAAUCUUCUUAGGGUCCUGGGUCCGGGAGCCAAAGUUGCUCACAAAAGAGAACUUAGCUGCGAAAGCUUUGGUCACAAGCAGCUCCCCGCGGUUCAAUGUGUACGGGAAUGACUUCGGAUGGGGAAGGGCAGUCGCGGUGAGGACCGGUGCUGGGAACAAGUCAUUUGGGAAGAUUUCAGUGUUUUCAGGGGCAGAAGAGGGAAACAUUGAUAUUGAAGCUUGCCUUUUGGCUGAAACAUUGGAGGCAAUGGGAAAUGAUUCAGAAUUCAUGGAAGCGGUUGCUUUCUAG